GCGACGAGCACGACGACGACGCGACAUGCACGGGCCCGCCGUCUCCCAGCAAGUGCAGCCAUCCAAUGUAACACGUAUUCAGGUUUGGGCGAAUUUACAUAACACCAUACACUCAGUGCAUCUCAGCUUGUAUCGUGACGUGUAUUCAAUCCCCGGCAUGUUGACCACCGGAACGAUAAUAGCAUUCACAUUCGCACAGAGGUGCGACUUUUAGCGUUUGAACGUAAAUAUCACAACGAGGACAUAUAAUCAAGGUUAUCAAUUCAAUUCAUUUAACAAUGCGUCGUUUUGCACUUGCUACAUCUGAAUAUUCACGACGGAGAAUACAGAGGAGGCGGACCACUAACGACAUCUCCCUCUACACUCCUCUCAGACAUCAGUCUUCCGUCCGGACCAUCCUCCUCCCCAGGUGAAGUAGGACGGGAUCGUAGUCGCUGUGCACACAUAUAUGCCGGUGGUGGUGUCGGUGGCGAUAUCGGAGGCGGCUGAGGAACCCACUCGGGUUCUGGCGAUGACCUUGCUGAUCCAUUUGGCGCCAGCAAUACCCCUCGAGGCCUUCGAAAAGGCAUCGAGUGGUCGCAGCCAUAGCACCUACAACCUUUCAUCGCGCAACAGUAUAUGCAGAAAAUGACGAAGACGACAAACAGUACUCCAAAUGCAAUCCCGACUCUGUACUGCGUUGGCGUCAAACAUUUGCUAGUGUGCGGAGUCUGUAGGCACGAUGAAGCCUGUGUACCAGACACAAGAGACAAGACCACGAGUAAUAGUAGGAGCCCAUGGAUAAGGACCUUGUUACCAACUUGGCUACUACGAUAGUCUUGGUAGUUAGACAUCGGUCUUAUCAGCUUCAUAUUCCGUAUGUGCAGUAGCAAAUUUGGGCUAUAGAACGUCGAUGUAAGACUGCUUUUUCAAGUUCUCAACAACACGACUAUCAUACGUUGUCGUGGGAUUAUAUGGGACGCAUGCAGGCAAACAGCAUGCGCAUAAGGUGCUUUUAUCGUGUGCUUCUAGUGCUGUCUCGUUGAGACUCUGAAUCGGAGCUACCGAGCGGUAUGUUGUUCUUAACUAGAGGUACCCGACAGAAUAGAAACCGGACUACUAAGAUCAGACUAGCUGUGCGCUUUGGCCUCGGAAUGGCAGUACGGUCAUUCAUAAGUAGUAAUUAAUAGUCCGUUAGCCGCAAUAUUAGUACGGAUAGCUAUCAUAGAUGGUAGCGUACUGCCACUGAGUCGCUAUGUUUACCUGCGAUAUGCUAUUCCUGUUCCUGUAUCAAUGUAUAUGCUGGUGGUGGAUCGUUAAUGAUGUCGGAAUCUGCGACGCUCCCCGUCAUGGCGGGAAGCAGUGCUUCAGUUGGGAAGAGAAGUGGGGGAUGUGUUUCAGAACUAGGCAACGAAGGCAGGAGAUGUACUCCAGGACUAGGUGACAAAUAUGGGAGAUGGGCUUCAGAAGGCGGUAAAAGUGGGAGAUGUGCUUCAGUGGGCGGCAAGGAUGGGAGGGAGCGAUUGGGGGAGAGCGUCCCAGACACGGGGUUUGAAGUACGCUGUUCCAUUGAAGGAGACAUAGGAGGAGGCGCAGCGGCUAGAGACACCACCGACGGAUCUUGCACAAAGGGUGUCCUACGUAAAGGCACCACAGCAGGGGAUGGCAUCGAAAACGUAGGAGUAGGAGUACGUAUAGGCACAGCAGCAGGCGACGGCAUCGAAAACGUAGGAGUAGGAGUACGUAGGGGCACAGCAGCAGGCGACGGCAUCGAGAACGCAGGAGUCCUCGCAGUCAACGAUUGCUGUGAUUGCUGCUGUGAUCCACCACCACUACCUCCACCACCUGAUAUCUGCCGUACAGUCUCGCUUGGCGCAUCUUGAGAAACCUGGCGAAGAUGUAGUGGGAGGAGAUAGCGUGGGUUAGGAGGUGUAUGGGUCCUUUGUAUGGACCCCAUUCUGUGUUGUACAUUCCUAGGUUUUGAUUUGGCCAUUGCGGCUUCAGCACGCCGGUGGUUCCUGAUGCAUCCCACCAAGACAGAGAUAAAGAUGAGGGACCCAAGAGUCGCGCCUGUACACCAUAUGAGAUCAACUGUCUGCUCUAUGCUGCGGAACCCGGAGAAGAAAUGCGGACAUACCUACGGCAAUACCUAUAGUUUGUACAUUACUCUGUGCUUGGACCGCUGCACAAUCGAUACUUCUGAAAGG